AGGCGCACUGCGGCGCUCGCCUGGCGCAGAGCGGGGCUGGAGGUGCAGGUCGUUGGGAGCCGGCGCGAUGGCGGGCUCUGCGGGUCUCUCCCUGCCGUCGAGCUCCCCCGCCGUCAGAGAGCUGUGCAAGAACGCGCGGGACACCUUCCUGGAGGCCUCUCGGCUGCUCCUCACCUACGCGGACAACAUCUUGCGAAAUCCUUAUGAAGAAAAAUACAGAUCAAUUCGGAAUGGAAAUCCAGCGUUUUCCACGAGGCUGUUACCUGUCAGGGGAGCAGUUGAGUGUUUAUUUGAAAUGGGAUUUCAAGAGGGAGAAACUCACAUGGUUUUCCCAAAGGAGGCAUCGAUUGAGCAACUACGUAAAAUCAGAGAUCUAAUUGCUGUAGAGAGGAGUAGCAGACUGAAUGAGUCGAAUCAAGUCCACAGAUCAGGAUCCUCUGAAACUGUAGCCAGCGCUCAGACAAUUGCACAUCAGCCUUCGAGACCUGUUGGCUCUGUUCCUGCCCCUGAACAUCAGCAGCCAGAAACAUCACUUCUGCAAUCUCUCAAAAUGGCUGCAGAUAUGUUGACAACACUUCAAAGCAAAUGUGAGCAUCUUAUAUUAGCAUAUGAGAAUACUUCUCUUCAGCGGAAAGCACUAGCUUUGAUUCCCCUCCAGCAAUUGAAAGAGAAGGCUCAGAAAAAGCUAGCACAAGCUGCAAGACUGGACAAAGGUGAACAUGUGAAUGAAGAGGACUUCCUGUUGUUGGAGCUCCUGAACUGGUUUAAGAAUGACUUCUUUCGUUGGGUAGAUAAUCUGCCUUGCAGCAGGUGUGGUGGCCAGACUGAAAUUAAAAGAGACUACCUCUCACCAACUGAUGAUGAUCUGAAGUGGAAUGCUGAUAGAGUGGAAAAUCAUUACUGCAGCCAGUGUCAGUUCUGUAAUAGAUUCCCAAGGUAUAAUAAUCCAGAGAAACUUCUGGAAACCAGAUGUGGACGCUGUGGCGAAUGGGCUAACUGUUUUACACUGUGUUGCAGAGCUAUGGGGUUUGAAGCUAGAUAUGUCAGGGAUUGGACAGAUCAUGUAUGGACUGAAGUAUAUUCUGCGUCUCAGAAAAGAUGGCUUCACUGUGAUCCCUGUGAAAAUGUCUGCGAUAAACCUCUCCUCUAUGAAAUUGGUUGGGGAAAGAAGCUUUCCUACAUAAUUGCAUUCUCCAAAGAUGAGGUUGUUGAUGUCACAUGGAGAUACAGCUGUAAGCAUCAAGAAGUACUCACUAGAAGGACAGCACUCAGUGAAGCUAAACUGCGUGAAACAAUUAACGCAAUCAAUAGAAAGAAACAACAAUCUUUGUCAGAAAGCAGAAAAAAAGAGCUCUUGGAAAGAACGAUUGUGGAACUUGCUGAGUUCAUUUCUCCUAAAACACCUAAACCCGGAGAAUUUGGUGGAAGGACAUCAGGUUCAAUGGCUUGGAGAAUAGCCAGAGGUGAAACUGGUUCAGAGGAGAGGAAAGAAGUGAUUUUUAUUCCCUCUGAAAAAGAGAAGGCUUCUAAACUUUUCCACCUCAUCUACAAUGUUGUAGAAGAUAGUUAUACACGGAUUUCCAAUAAUAAUGAAAAAAUAACUGGCUGGGGAACGGGUGUUUGGAAGGCAGAGUCUAUUUGGAGAAAGGUUGAAACAGAUUGGAAAAUGGUUUAUCUAGCCAGAAAAGAGGGGUCGUCCUCUGCUUCCAUCAGCUGGAAGUUUGAGUGCAAAUCAGUUGGUCUAAAAAUAGAUAACAUUUCAAUUAAGACAAGCAGUCAGACAUUUCACAGUGGAAGAAUCAAGUGGAGACUUUACUCUCCCACAGCAGAAGUUACUCUGGUAGGAGAUGAAAAUCUCUCCUCCUAUUCAGAUUUUUGUGGUGCAACAGAAGUUACACUGGAAGCAACUCUAAGUGGAGGGGAUGGUAAAGCUGCGUGGCAACACACACAGCUGUUCAGAAACAACUUAGGAGGAUGUGGAGAAAAUUGCUUGGAGAUGAUUAUAAAACUUGCUGACUUCUGAGAACCUGAAGUCAAGGAAUCCAAUGAAAUUCUCUUUAAGACGUCAUACUGUGGAAACAGCACGAAGUCUUGGUUGGCAGUUCCUGACUAUCCUGCAGACAGCUUAUUCCUAUUUCAGUCCUUCCAUUUUGCCAAAUGGAAACUGCAUGGGUACUGAAUAGGUAACCAUCACAAUGAAAGCUUUCUUUGCUUUGAAACUCAAAAAUUAAGGAUUGAACCAUUAAAUUAAUGCUCUUUUCUUAAACUCUAAAGAAAAGAAAGCAUUUCUUAGAAACCAAAAUGUGAUCGUAGGAGCACAGAGCAGUUUUAAUUUGGAGUUUUGUGGUUGGCUUACUGGUUAUUGGGGUUUUUGUUUUGUUUUUUUAAUCUACUUCUUGCAAAGACAAUGUGAAUUCCAUUCUUUGAUUACAACAAAUGCAUUGUGAUGAUUUUAAAAUAUUUUAAAAACUAAUACAAGACAAAUAUUUUCAAGGAUAAAUCUGAUUUUGUGUGAUAAUUAGCUGAAAUUAAGAGAAAUAUGAAAGCAAUCUUAAAAUGAUCUUGUUAUGCAUUUAAGUAUUAAACUUACGUUUAAUUAUUAUCUAAGUUUAAUACUUAGACAUUUUUGAAGGUAUGAUAGUAGACUAAUUUUGAAAGAAAUGUUCAUUAUGUACCUAAGAUUUUGUCCUGGCUUGUGAUGUGAAAUUGAGACUUAAAAAUGAAUAUCAGAUUUUUUUCUAUGAAAAAGAUUAUUCGUUAUACAUACUCUUUUACAAUAUAAAUUCAAAUCUAUGCACCUUUAAAAAGAUUUAUGUAGUGUGUAGGUGUUGAAAUCAUUUUUUACACUAUUGUCUUGAGGUGCUUUGAAUACCGUUCCCAAAUUUGGUGUAAAAGUGCAUACAAUUUUCUGUUACUGUAUACAAUGUUUAAGUUUCUUUGCAUUGGGUACAAUAAAACCACCACCCAGGAAAUUUCAGAUGUAGCAGUGCUGUGAAUAAAGUAUGGAGUGAGUGUUCUGCUUAGAUAGUCUUUAUCAGAGAAUUUAAAGAAGGCUAUGGCUGGAACACAUGAGAGUAGUUCUAUUAUAAGAUUAUAAUACAAAGUUUGAGCUACAGUUUUAUUUUAAAAUAAAUGAAAAUUAGGGAUGAUAUCCCUAAGGUCAGUGUGAUUUUAAAGCUUUUUUUCUUUCUUUUGCUCUUCUUCCUUUUCGUUUUUAAAUCUGACUCUUCCAACCACUGUAUUGACUUGAAACUGUUCUUGAAAGUCAUUUGUGUUGGAACAAAUCAAGCAUCUAUUAGGCUGUUUGGGUACUAUUAAAAAAACUGCAAGUGCACGGUGAAUAUAGGCACUGAAGUUAAGCCAAAGACAUCUUAAAAUAGUAGAUUACAGCAGCUCAGGAGUGACAGAAUGAUUCGUAGUAGAUGAUAUGCUUUUCCUUGGAAAACAAAUUGGCAGUUAAUGAGGGAAUAAAGAGGGAGUCUCACUCCCUUAACAGAAUGACUGAGAGACAGACAGGUAGCUGUAUGGAAGGAUGUUGGUCUGUACCUGACUAAUGCCAAGUGAAUUUGGCCAUUUCCAUUCAAAACUCCUCCUGCUUUAGUUUUAGCUAAAUGGUAGCUCAAAAUUUGAGUGGGAAUCAAAGUACUACAGUCUAGUCUUAAUGCAGUAAUGGAAGAAAGUAAUAAGAAAAAAACCCUCACCUUUUUGUUUCGUGUGACAAGUUAUUUCCUUUAUUUUAUUACUUAAAAUAGAGGACUAGCAGGAACUGUAAAGGAGUUUAACUGCAUUUCAUAAUUUGAAAACAGAAGGCAGAAUAAUUUUAAUAGUAGUAAUUAAAGUUACUACUAUUAAAAAAGUAAGUUUCUCACAGUUUUGGUUGUAACCUUUGGGGGAAGAGUAAUAACUUCAGAUAACUUAUUAAAGUCAUCCACUCAAGAAGGAGAGCAGGUAAUGUUCAUUAUUAAACUAUUUGAAUGAAUUAAAAAAAAAAAAAAGC